CAAAUCUCUCUUCUCUAUAGCCUCAGCCCUGGGUAAACCAAUUAAGUUGGGAGCUAAAACUGCCAUGGGUAUCUACCCGGGCACAGCCAAGGUUUGUGUGGAGAUGGAUGUCUCACUUUCCAAACCCCCUAAGAUCCAUGUCAGACUUGGCUCUAAAGAUUUGUGGCUCCCUUGCACGUAUGAAGAACACCCCCCCUACUGCUAACAGUGUAAUAGAUUUGGGCAUCUCCUUUCCCAUUGCCGGAGGAAAGGUCCGGUGGUGGUGGUGGGCCAUCGAGGAGCGGGGAGUUCAAUUCCACAGAUUCAAGAAUGGAAAAUGGUCACCAGGAAACGUCCAAAACCCGGCCUCGCUGUGUCUCCAAAGCCCCCUCCCUGCAAGCAAUGAACACCUUAUCCUUUCCUCUUACCAUGAUGAAAACCAAAUCACUCACUGCCAUUUCACCCACACAGCCACCAACUCGUCUAUCAUUAUAUCCUCAGUUUAUGGUGCCCACUCUAUAGCUGAUAGGAGAGAACUUUGGAGCAAUCUUCAGAAUUACAGCAAGCUCAACCACCAAUGGAUUAUUGGGGGAGACUUCAACACCAUUGCAUCCCUUACUGAAUUCAAAGGAAAAUGCAUCCCAAGCACUCAAGGUAUGGAAGAUUUUUCAGAAUGCAUCUCAAACUGUAACUUGAUCACUCUGGAACCAAAAGGUGGUUUGUUCACUUGGUCUAGGACUAGAAGCCAAGGAAGGACCUUGAGGAGACUAGAUAGAAUCCUAACUAAUCUUUGUCUUCUAGCUUAUUAUGAUGAAGUCUCCCUAAAGCACCUGUCCAAAUUCAACUCAGAUCAUAAACCCCUUUUGGUACACUGUAGUAAGACCACUCCUACUGGACCAAGGCCUUUUAGAUUCCUUAAUGCCUGGACCCUGCACGACACCUUCCAUUCCAUGGUUCAAAAGACUUGGGAUAAUCUGCCCACCAUAGAAGGAAUGAGAGGUUUGGCAAAUAAACUCUCUAGCCUCAAAGCAGCCCUCAAAACCUGGAACAAGGAAACUUUUGGAGACAUUUUCUCCCAACUUCAACAAGCAGAAGAUAAAGCCUUGGAAGCGGAAAAGGAGUUUGAGAUUAAUCCUUCACAAGAAAAUAUAGAAAUAAUGCAGAAAGCCAAUGCAGCCUUGAUUUAUUCCACAAAUCUGGAGGUCCAAUAUUGGAAGCAAAAGGCAAACAUCAGAUGGCUGGAAAAGGGAGACUCUAACUCCAAACUCUUUCAGGCAUAUGUUAAAGGAAAGAAAAAGAAACUCUCUAUAUCUCAUAUUAUUAAACCAAAUGGAGCAGGCACUAGCAACCCCUUAGAGAUCAAGACAGAAGCCAUCUCCUUCUUUGAAAACAGCUUCAAGCAGUCCCAACCACCCUCCUUUGAACCAAUCCUUCCUCUCAUCCCCAUGAUCAUAUCCUCAGAAGAUAACCUUAGAAUCUGUACCAUCCCCUCCCUGGAUGAAGUUAAACAGGCUGUUUAGGAUUUAGAUGGCAAUAGUGCAAGUGGACCUGAUGGAUUCAAUGGAAACUUCUUCAAAGCAACCUGGGAAACUAUCAAACAGGAUGUUCUCACUGCCUCACAAGAAUUCUUCAUGGGGCAACCUAUUCCAAGAGCCUAUGGAAGCACCUUUUU